AGGUUCCUACCUUAGUGAGUGGUCAGACUGGUCGGAUUGUGAGGUCACGUGUGAUGAUAGCAACCAGAAAAGGAGCCGCGAAUGUCUAACCAUGAAGCAGAAAAAGAAGACAUCAGUGGCGUAUUGGUCACCGCCUCAGAGCACUCGAAGAUACCUUCAGCUUAGACCAGAGAAAGUUCGGAUGUCUGCCAUCACUGCUUGUUUGAGAAUCAAGACCACCCUCACCUCGGGAGAAACAUGUAUCCUUUCUUACGCCACACCUGAGUACGAUAACACCUUCCUGUUUGAGUAUCAUUCAGAGGGAACCAUUGGUGUCUAUGUUAACGGUGAAAGAAAAAUCAUCUCUGUCCCAGGCUAUCAGAUCUUUGAUGGUGUCUGGCACCACUGGUGUUUUACAUGGAAGAGGCGUGGAGGGAAGUGGGCACUGUAUGUGGAUGGCGAGAAAAAGGCUUCAGGCUCUGGUUUUGUCAGAUAUAAAACUAUGCCAGCGGAUGGAGUGUGGCUAGUUGGACAGGACCAGGAUAACGUUGGGGGAGGGUUUCAAGCCGAGCAAUCAUUUCUGGGCCACUUGAGCAGUGUCAACGUGUGGGACCACAUCGAUGUUAACAUCAAUGCCGCGGCUAACUGUGACGACACAAUCGGGGGAAACGUCAUAGCAUGGAAUAACGUCACCGUAGUGAACCAUGGGGUGGCUACAUAUGACACAGAUCUAUGUUCCGACUCCCGAGAGUGGCCGGACCAGCCCGAGUGUGACGCCACGUGCGCAGGAGGUAACCAAUCAAGGACACGAGAAUGUCUGCCAGUCGGAAGUGUGUGUACCGGAAGUACCGUGGAGAAGCGUGGACCGUGUUGUGGCUUUCGCUGUCAGUACUGGACAGACUGGAUGGACAAGGAUGACCCUUCUAAGGACGGGGACUGGGAGGUGGACGAGACGCCGUGUGCCGCUGCUGCAUUCCUAUCUGAGCCAAUUAUUGCCGAGUGCCGCGUAGUGCAAACUCAACAACCCUGGGACGCCAGCGGCUAUCAGUACUUCCUACCCUGCUCUGUCUACGGGGUCGUCUGCAGGAACGCCGAGAACGAGGUCAAUUGGAGGGAAGGGGACCCCCCGGUGUGCCCAGACCUGGAGAUAAGAUAUCUUUGUCGAUAUCUUUGAAAUCGUGAUCCAAGGACAUUCUCUUACAAGAUGAAAUCUUGAACAGGAUAUAUUUGUAUCUUUGAAUUCUUUAUAUCUAGACUUUAAAACAGUUGAGAAAAUAAAUCGGAGGGUUAUUUUGGCUACAAAAAGGAAGAAAACUUAAGCGCACCAUUUUGACGCACAAAACGGCUCGUACUGGGGGUGAGCCGUUUUUAUUUACCUGCAGCUCUUGCAACUGUUGCGAACAUUCAUGUAUGCUAAGUCCCCACAUCUCCGUCAUUCUAAUUCAAAGUCCUCAAUUGUGUCUUAAGACCAUCAGAUCAGCAGUUAGUCUAGUAGGGGAGCAGGAUUAGAAAACUGCAGACAACUCAUAGCCACCUGGGGGCUGCCAUUGGAGCUCAUGUCUGUCUAUAUGGCUGCUCAGUAUGGCCGUCUGCUGCUACAUUCGAUCACAUGCAAACGUUACAAUGGAACCCCUCCCCCUUCAGAUCUUAAGUUUCUCUUCCUCCCUUCCAAACAACUGCCCGGCAAUGUAAUGAGAACUUGGCAAUUUCCCACCCCAGAACCCGACAGGAAACUCUUAAA